CCGCUGGCCGGGCUCCUGCACCCGCUUCCCGCACCCGCUUCGCAGAAGUUGCUUCAGUUGAUUUAUUUUCCCCAUAAAUGUGAAGUCAGAAAAUCAAAGAUCCUGAAUAAAAAGUUAAUAGUUAGAGUAUUCACAGACUUCGACUAUUCAAGAUGCAGCGGAAGCAAGGCUAUUGCAGCUACUGCCGAGUGCAGUACACUAACCUGGAACAGCAUUUGUUCAGUGCUCAGCACAGAAGCUUGACCAGACAGAGUAGACGUCAGAUGUGUACCAGUAGUUUGAUGGAACGCUUCUUGCAGGAUGUACUGCGGCACCACCCGUAUAACUAUCAAGAAAACAGAUCAAUGCAAAAUGAAGUACCUGCGAAUCCUGAUGCAUCACCUGAUACGGUGCCUAUGGAUGAGUCUAUUCCUGAAGAAAAGGCUGAGGAUGCGGCUGGACCCCACAGAGAGAGUCCCUCUGAGAGUUCUGAACCUGCUGAAGAGUCCCAUGCCAGACCUAGUAAACUCCUGGAACGUGGAGAGGAAGUCUCCGUUCGACCAUCGGUUAUACAAAAGCUGGAAAAGGGACAGCAGCAGUCUUUGGUGUUUGUUCCUAAGGUUGAGAGUAGUAUGAAAAAGUUUAAUCCAGUAGAUACUGGUCAAGCUACAAAUAAAGGCAAAAGCUUAAUCCGACACCCAGUGAUUUGUAAUGCCCCCGCUCGUGGUCUCCCUGAAAGUUCUUGUACUAGACCAGUUAUAACUAAAAUGACUAGGUUACCGCUAGCAGCACAUAUGGGUUCAGCUAGCAAAUGUGACCCAAACAAACUUGGAAAAUACCUUGAACCAUCAGAUGGGGUUUCUAAAAAUCUUAGGUCAUCAUCCAACCUAGAAACGUCUUCAGUUUCAUAUGAGAAACAUAAAGAAUCAAAUAGGAAAUCUUCACGUAUAAAUUCAGAUAAAUUGGUCAUACAGAAAGGUUUAAAAUCACAGGGAAAAACUUUGUCAGGUGGCUUUAAAUCCCAUGAAACUAUGGGUGCUGAGAGCUCUGAAGGAGCUGAAUUUCCUGAAUUAGCAGCAAACCCAGCACAGAACUUGAGUGUAACUGACAUGCCUUCUAAUAUAGGGAUCUUUGAAGAUGCCAUUCCAAGGCAUCAGGAGGAAUUCUUUUCUAAUAUGGAUUGUACUAAAGAAGAAAAGCAUUUGGGUUUUAGUAAGUCAGUGAUUUUGGAACACAAGGGCUCAAUGAGUACUGAAAUGAAGUUUGACUGUGACUCUGUCCGGUCAGUAUCUGAUCAGCCCCAGGAGGCUGUUCAAGGUGUAAAUCUGUGGAAGGAGGAUGGAAUUGAUCAGGAAGAAUCUAGAGGUUCUGAAACGAGUUUUGAUUGCAGUUCCUUUUUUCAUUCGCUGUCUAGUAUAUCUAAAGUGGCUGCCAAAGAAACGAAUCUUUCAAAGAAAUUAUAUUCUGACUUACCGUAUAAGAAUAUUAAAUCUUAUGUUUCUGAAUUAAGUCGUGAUUGUGAUGAGUCUCCUCAGGUGGGUACUAGCCAAUCUCAAGUGAUUGUUAGAGGCGAAAAUCUUCAAAAUAUAAAGCCUGUUAGCCUGGUUGACCAAAGCUAUGACUCUAGUGGUUCUGAAAUGAAUUUUGAUUGUGAUGCCUCACUCCCCACAACUAGUGACUACCCCAUGCAGUCUGUAAAAGAUGAAGACCUUCCUAAUGAGAUGCCCAUUUCUUUGGUUGAUAAGAACUAUGGAUCUAGUAGCUCUGAAGUAAGUGCUGAUACUGUUUUCCCACGUCAGUCAGUGAUUGACCGUCCCCCAGUGAUUGUCACAGAAACAAAACUUUGGAAGAAGUCUCAUGUUGUGUUGGUUGAUCAGAACUAUGGAUCGAGUUGUUCUGAAGCAAGUUAUGAUUGUGAUGUUCCUCCUCAGUCAGUAGUUGACCCUCCCCAACUGACUGUCAAAGAAAAAAAAUCGAAGCAUAGACAUGCUCGCCUGAAAAAGAAGAAACGGAAAUCCAGGAAGGCUAAAAGGCAUCUUCAUAGCGAUGUUUCACUUGAGGCAGUAGCUGAUGAACCCCAGAGGGAUGCUGAAGAAAUCAAUCUUCUGAAAGAGAAGAAUGCUGACCUUAUGGAUAUGAACUGUGAGUCUCAUGGUCCUGAAAUGGGUUUUCAUGCUGAUGCUCGAUUUGUGGCUGACCAGUCUGAAGUAGCAGUUAACGAAGUAAACCCUCCAAACAUAGAUAAUGACCUAGAGAAUCAGAGUGUUCACUCUAGCAUUUCUAAUCUAAGUUUUGAUUCCCAUGCGUUUUCUUAUCUGUCAGUUUAUGAUCAGCCUCAAGGGGCUUUGGGUGAAGUAAAUCUUAAAGAGUUAAAUGUUGACAUGGAAGUUAAGAGCUGUGGGUCCUCCACUUCUGAGUUGACUUUUGAUUCUGAUCCCCCCGUUUUGUCAGUUUCUAAUCUGAGUCAGCUGGAUGUUGAAAGACUAAAAGAAGAACGCGCUAACCUGGAAGAUGAGAGCUGUGAGUCAAAUAGUUCUGACAUAACUUUUGAGUCUGAUAUUCCUCUUUGCUCAGUAGUUGACCAACCUGAAGUAGCUGUUUGUGAGAAGGAACCUGUUGAACUGGAAAAUAAAAGUAAUGAGCCUUGUGUUUCUGAAAUAACUUUUGAUUCUAAUAUUCCUCUUCAUUCAGGAAAUGAUCAACCUGAAGUAGCUGUUAAAGAAGUAAUCAUUCAGAAAGAAGAGUAUAUACACUUAGAAAGGAAGAAUGAUGAACCCAGUGGUUCUGAAAUAAGUUUGGACUCUUAUGCCCCUCAUCAUUCAGUGAUUAAUUCUCCUAAAGUAGCUGUUAAAAACUUAAAUCCUGAAAAAGAAGAGCAGGUACCUUUAGAAAAUAAGGAAAAGGAACGUACCAAUUCUGAACUAAGUUUGGAUUAUGGUACUCUUUUCCGUUCUGUGACUGGACAUUCUGAAGAAGCCACUGAAGAACUAAACAUUGCAAAUGAAAAGCAAGCACACUUUGGAAAUAAGUGUAAUGAAGGAAGUGUUUCUGAAACACGUGCUGGUUCUAAUAUCCCUCUUCAGUCAGUGAUUCAAAAAGCUCAAGGAAUCAUUAAGGAAAAAUGGCUUCAGAAAGAAAGGGUUGCUAUAUUCCAAGGUAAAGGUGCUGAUGUUCAUGGUUCUAAAACAAAUUCAGAUUCUAGUGUUCCUCAUUCAGUGACUGAACCUCAAGAAGUUGGUAGAAAAAGGAAGAGAAAAGAGAAGCAUAUUCAAGAAGAGGAGAGUGAUGAAGGUUCUGAAGUAAAUAUGGAUUUUGGUAUCCCUCUUCAUUCAGUCACUGGCCAAUCUCAGCUAGCCUUUUUGAAAGCAAAACAUGCUGAUCCAAAAGAUAAAAACAGGCAACUUAGUGAUUCUAAAAUAAGUUUUGACUCUGUUGCGCCCCAUCAGCCAUUGGCUGGACAAUUUCAAGAAGCAGUUAAAAAAAUUAAUAUGUGGAAUGAAGGGGAUAUUGGCCUUAAAAAUAAGAUUGAUGAGCCUAAUGGCUCAAAACAUGGCUCUGAUGUUUCUCUUCUGUCUGCAGCUGAUCAACCCCAAGUAGCUGUUGAACAAGUAAACCCUGAGAAUAAAGAUCAUAAGUACUUGGAAAUUAGGAACAGCCAGUAUAGUUGUUCUGAAAUGAGUUCCCAUUCUGAUUUCUCGGUUCAGUCGCUAGUUGCUCCACCUCAUGUAACUGUUUUGAAGCCAGAGCACAUUGAGGUGGAAGGAAAACUCAGUCAGUCUUGUGGUUCUGCAAUAAGUUUUGAUUCUGAGAAACCUCAUCAGCCCGUGGGUAAUCAGCCUAUGGAAAUGGCUAAAGAAGGAAGUUUCUGGAAGGAUGAAGUUAGCUGGGAAGAUAAGAAGGAUGAAGCUAAGGGUUUUAGAGUUAUAUGUAAUUCUGGUGGCCUUCAGCCAGUGAUUGGCCAAACUAAGGAAGUAGUUAAGGAGAUCAGCCUUCGGAAAGAGCACGUUGACUUGGAAGAGAAGGCUGUCAAACCCAAUGAUUCUAAAAUGAAUUUUGAUUCUGAUGAACCUCUUCAAUCUGUGACUAAUAAAAUUCAAGACCCUAUUAAAGAAACAAAUCUUCUGAGGGAGGAACAUGUUUGUCUGCAUGAUAAGAGCUAUGAACCUGAUGGUUCAGAAAUAUUUUAUGUUUCAAAUAUGCCUCUUCAGUCAGUGAUGGAGCAGCCACAAAUUUUGGAAGAGGAACGUGCCAGUUUGGAAAUUAAGGGCAGUGAUCCUUGUGGUCCUGAAAUAGGUUUUGAUUCCAAUCAUCCUUUUCAGUCAGCAGCUGACCAGCUUCAAAAAACAGACAAGGAACCGAACCUUUGGAAGGAAGAUCAUAUUUACCUGGAAAAUAAGAGCUAUAAGCUAGGUGAUUUUGAAAUAAAUUGUGAUUCUGGUACUCCUGUUCAGUUUGUGGCUGAUAAGUCUCCUGUGUCUGUCAAAGAAAUGAACUUAGAAAAGAUGUAUCAUAAUGACCCGGAAAAUAAGAACUAUAAAUCUUGUGGCUUUGAAAUAAAAUGUGAUUCUGGUGUUCAUCUUCAUUCAGACUACCAACCUCCAGUGGCUUGCAAAGAGACAAACUUUCAGAAGGAUGCGCAUCUGAGCAUGGAAGAUAAGAUGAGUGAGCCUUGUGAUUCUGAAAUGAUGUGUGAUUCUGAUGUCCCUUUUCAAAUAGUAGUGAACCAAUGUCAAGGGUCAGACAAAGAAACAAAUCAUCCAGAGGUAUUACUUGUGGACUUGAUGACCAGUGAUAGUGAUUGUGAUUGCGAAGUGAUUUCUCAUCCUCACAUGCCUCUUCAGUUGCUGGCUGACCCACUUCACAGGGCUGUCAAAGAACUCAGCUCUGCAAAUGCUGACUCUAUUAAUGUAGACGAUUACUGCUAUGACUCCUGUGGUUCUGCCGUAAGACAUGUUUGUGAAGCCCGUUCUCAGUCAGUGAGAAGGCAGUCCAAGGAGAGUUUCAAAAUAAUAAACCGCAAGAAUGACUAUAUCAUUCUGGGAGAUUUAAGCUGCCAGUCUUGUGAUUCUGAAACAGAUUGUGAUGUUGAUGCCUCUGACCUGUCUGUGGCUUGCCACUCACAAAGGCCUGAUAAAAAAAUGGUGAGAGCUAAUGGUCCCAGAAGAAAUUCUAAUAUGAAAGGCACUUCUCAGCCAGUGACUCAUCAAAUGCAGAAAGCUGACAAGGAAGCCAACCUUUGGAAAGACCUAAAAAAUGAAUCUGGUGACUGUGCAGUUGUUUGUGGUACUUCUUGUGAAUCAGUGGCCAAUCAGAUAACUGGUAGAGAAGAUCUUUUGAAGUUAAAACGUACAGCUCUGGAAAAGCGAAAGAAAUCUUGUGGUUCUGAGAAGGAUUUUCAGGGCAAUCCUUCUCUUCGGUCUAACUCUGACCAGCCUCAAAAAGCUGUUGGCAAGAAAGGCCGCCUUAAAAAGGUAACCUUUGACCUGAAAGAGGAUAGCUAUGAUUCCCCUUCCAGCUCCGCUCCCAUGGGUGGUACUGGAAAGCAGCUGGAAAAAGCAAAAGAGGUCGUAGAAGACGAUCCUGAUGAACCAGUUCUUGAAGCCUUGCCUAAUGUGCCUCCUUCUUUUGUGGGGAAAACAUGGUCUCAGAUAAUAAGAGAAAAUGACCUAAAAGUUGAUGCCCUCGUGAAGGAAUUUAAGGAAGGUCGUUUCCGCUGUUACUUUAAUGAUGAUGAUUGUGAGCCCAAAAAAGCUUUUUUGGAUAAAGGAAAAAAAAACACCCCGCCUGACCUUCAUCAGGACACUGCAUCAAUUCAAGGUUUGUCAGAUGACACUACAGGUAGUUUUUCUGGUAGUUUUUCUGGAAGUUUUUCCGGGAGUUUUUCCGACAGUGAUGACUUUUCAGUGGACUUUGAUAGACUAGGCUUUCAUUACCCUCUAGCAGACAGGCUUAGCAACCAGCUGUGGCAUGUGGCAUGUCGGUGCCGGGCAGUGAAAGUGAGCCAUGCGACGCAAACCAAUUUUUCAAGUUACCAAAUGAUGAAAAGGAAAAUUGUUAGCCAAGAGGAAGAAUCACCAAAAAGAAGGCACUUACAUUCAGAGAGUGACAGCAGAGCAACAGCAACAGUCAAAAUCGGGACAGAUGAAUUUCCUGAAUCAUGCCCCAAACAUUCGAAGCCUACAUCAUCCAAAGCCUUAGUCCAUGUUCUUUCAUCUCUAGAUGAUAAACUGAAAGAAGGUGAAUGCUCUGAGCUCUCUACCAUGAGUCCCGAGGGGUGUGAUGAUAUGCAGUGUAUAUGCACAUGUGGGCUGGAUGCCAUGCAUUGUGAUGACCCCUCGUUAAAGCAAACUCUAACUGAUCCAGAGUUCACAGGAGAUGAUGAUGAUGAUGAUGAUGAUGAUGAUGAUGAUGGACAGAGCUUUCCUUCAACAUCUUCCAUGAUAGUGCCACCAAGAUAUGGAUUAAAGUCACGCCGGCGGACCAGUGAAUCCUCUGUGGUCCUAGGGAAUUGUGAGAUUCCAAAAGGAAGUAGUUUCCGGCUAACUUUUUCAAAUCGUGGUAUUGCCCAAAUCUCUCCAAAAUCAGUUAGAAGUCAGUUUUUAGCAAGGAAAAGUAAAAAGAAAAGUCAGGGAAAGAAGAUGACAACAAGUAAUAAGAGAAGUUUUCCCCAAAAGGUUUAUAAACCAAUUAUUCUCCGGUAUAAAAGCAGAAUUGUUUCAGAAAAACGGUCCAUUUGGAUUCGGACCAAACCAAGUGAUAUCAUUAGAAAGUAUAUUUCGAAGUACUCUGUUUUUAUGCGUCGUAAAUACCAAUCCAGGGCCGCUUUUAUGGCAAUGCAUCUUAAGAAGAAGCAGUCUGUUGUGGGUAGGUCAGAGACAGCGGAGAGACCGGCGGAGGUGCUUUCGCAUGCCCCAGCUCCACCAGCUGGUGCUGACGUGCAGUUAAGAGCUGCGGCAAGUUCCCCGAAGCAGCCUGUGCAGGCCUCUCCCAGCACGGCAGGAGGAAAGAAUAAUGGUCUUAAAACUUGCCGCCGCAGAAAGAAAAAACCCGUUGUUUUUCGACCCUAUGAUUUGAGAAGUGUGUGUUACAUCCCGGAUUCUGAUAGAAUACUGACUCGGCUGGCAAACAAAUUGAGAACUAGUGAGGUCAAGUUGAAGGCUAGUUGAGGAUUCAGUACUUCAAUUGAAAUAUAUUUGGUACUUAAUGCACAUAGCUUUCCCAGCUUUGGUGGGAGAACCUUGAAUAUUUUGCUAUAGAUUUUAUUUUUCAGAACUUUUAUAUUCAUUUAAAAAUUAGUA